AAGCCAACUAGGCCCAAAUCCAUAUCCCUUUACGCUCUCUCUCUCUCUCUCUACAACAUCAUAUUCCACUAGACAGAAGCAUACAAGAACACUGUGGUCCAUCCUCCCUGGCUUUUCUUCACCUUUUAAACACUUAAAAUCUUACAUUCCACUCUUCAAUAUCACCCAGACCCCUCACUCCACAUUGCUAGCAUACCAGAGUUCUAACCCCCCACCAUCAUCUCCCUAAAACAGUAAAACUACAACUUGAAUCAUAUGCAGAAAAUGGAGAGCAAAAGAAGACCAGGGCAGGGUUACUUGAAAGACAAGGCUACCUCAUCUCACCCUGUCGAAGAAGAAACGGAGAAAGAACUGGAGGAAGAAGAGGAAGUUGGAGGGGAGGAAGAGAAGAAGAAGAAAGUGAUGGAGAGGGUGAGAGGGUCUAGUGGCAGUAGCAGCGAUCGUGUUUCCUCGCGGUUGUGCCAGGUAGAGAAAUGCACUGCUGAUUUGAUGGAGGCCAAGCAGUACCACCGCCGGCACAAAGUGUGUGAAGUUCAUGCCAAGGCAACUGCAGCCAUGGUUGCUGGUGUCAGGCAACGUUUUUGCCAACAAUGCAGCAGGUUUCAUGAGCUUCUAGAGUUUGAUGAAGCCAAAAGAAGUUGCCGGAGGCGCUUAGCUGGACAUAAUGAGCGGCGAAGGAAGAGCUCCGGUGAUAGUUUCGGAGAAGGGUCAGGUCGGAGAGGUGUUAGUGGUCAACUCAUGCAGACUCAAGAAAGAAACAGGAUUCAAGUAAGGAGUCUGACUCGGCCAAAAGUUCAGGAGACUAACCGAAAGUCAAGGUCACUGAAAUUUCACAAUGAUGACUGAGAUGUCGUCUCCGCUUUUCCUUACAACAGCCUCCUCUCUGUAAGAUGCUUUGCUGCAUCUUUUAUGUCCUUUAUCAAGUCAGACAGCUUCUUGGUUAGA